AUGGAUGAGUCAUUGAAUUAUUAUGAGUUUCUUGGUAUUUCUAAAGACGCCAAUGACCAAGAAAUUAGAAAAGCAUACAAAGCUAAAGUACUUCACACGCAUCCAGACAAAAUUAAAAACCCUCAACCAAGUGAUUUUGACAAGUUUCAUAAACUUCAAUUGAUUAAAGACACUUUACUUGACACUGAAACAAGAAAAGUAUAUGAUAAAAUGAUUACAAGUCAAUUAGCCACAAGAAAAGCAAUAGAAGAGAUGGAAGCAGACAGAAAAAAGAUGAUUAAUGAACUUCUCCAACAAGAGAAACAAUAUCAAGAAUCAGAAAAAAUAAAAGAUUUGUUUAAAGAACAUAAUAAACGAAUUGAAGGAGACAGAGUUGCAAAAUUAAUCAAAAAAUGGUAUUUUCAUCGACAAAACAAGGCUCCAUCAUCUAUUAAACGAAGUAUUAGAAUUUUUUGGAGUAAUAAAGUACCAAAAGGAUAUUUUAACAAAGAAUUCAUCAGACAGAAAUGCAUGACACUUGGUGAUGUUGUUGGUGUUUCUCUUAAGGACCAAAUGUGUUUCGUUUUAUUUAAGAACGACAACACAAUAACCAAAAUUGAAAUGAAAAAUGAACAUGGGAAUGUGUUUAAUGAUGAAAUGAAAGAUUCUAAUAUCGAAAUUUUAAGAAAUACAUAUCUUCAUUCUUCAACACAACUAAAUGAUUUUAAACAGUACGAACAACAAAUAUUACAAAAGGCUUAUAUCAAAUUAAAAGAAACUAACCCAGGCAUAACUAAUCCAUCUGUUCAUACCAAACAAAAUACUAUUAUAAUUGAUUAA